AUGCGCAGAGCUCUACAGAAAGGCUCCUACUUAACGAAGCGCGUGUGGACUCUACACGUAAAGCACAACCCCCAAGAACUUCGACCAGGUGCUGGCCGUCGCAACUUCUUCAUGGCAAGCAAUGAUAUGGGCGAAUCGAAUUCAUCCGCUAAGUAUAGUGGAGAAGUUAGUGGAGAUCUGUAUCAAAUAACGCGUGUACGAUUCGUGCAGAAUGAAGUAGAGCAAGCAGUCGCUCAUCGUGUUGUAUACGAUGUGGAUGCCCUUGCUACUGUCGCAGCACGUGCAGCAGAUUCCAAAGCAUGCAUCCGCGUGGACGCCUUGCCAGGUGGCAUGCACAACAAGGUUUUACUGCUCACGAUGGACGACGGGAAACAAGUCAUCGCGAAACUUCCAUAUCCAGUUGCUGGUCAGCGGCAUUUCACGACCGCGAGUGAGGUGGCCACGAUGGACUGGCUGCGGACGUCAACGACGACACCCGUGCCGAAAGUCCUGGCGUGGUGUAGCCGAGCUGAGACCACCCCUGUGAAAGCCGAAUAUAUCAUCAUGGAGAAGGCAGACGGUGUACCCCUGAAGACCAAGUGGGCGGAGCUGAAGGUGCCGGAGCGAUUUGAGGUGGCCAAAUCCAUUGCGCAGCUUCAAGAACAAUGGUCUACCGCAUCGCUAGGCGGGUACGGAAGUGUWUAUUAUGCGUCCGAUCUGCCAGAACACCAUACCAUUGUGCUUUCUCACACGACCGAAGACGAUACGAAUACUAGAUUUGUGAUUGGUCCAGCAACUGGCCGGGAUUGGCUGGAUGAAGGGCGACAAUGUUUGGACUUUGACAGAGGACCAUGGACCGUGACUGAAGACUACCUUGAAGCUGUGGGUAAAAGAGAACUGAUCUGUGUUAAUCAGAUUCCUGCCCUGCCUCCACCACAGAUCACGCUUUGCGGCCCUGGAACAUACACUUCGACCAGAGCCAAAAAGCUACGAGCAGUAGAUCUGUAUCUCCAGAUCUACAAACAUCUUGCUCCUUCUGAUAUCGAUAUUCGAAAGCCUGCAAUAUGGCACCAGGACCUACACGUGGAAAACAUCUUCGUGGACCCUAAGGCCCCGACUAGAGUCACAUCCAUCAUCGAUUGGCAAUCUACAGAGAUUGCUCCUUUCUUUGUACAAGCCCGCGUGCCGCAAUUCCUUGAGCACGAGGGUCCGCGAGCAGAAGGUCUUGAGCGUCCACGGUUGCCACCAAGCUUCGACACACUCGAGUCAGUCGAGCAACAGAGAGUUAACCGCCUGACUUUGGAUCAAGGGCUCUGGGUAGCCUACAAGAUAUGGAUUCGCGCACGAAACCCUGCUUUUUGGAAGGCACUCGAGUUUCAAGAGACCGCAGCUUUUGAGCUGCUGCUCUGCGCGCGAAACGUGCUGGAGGACGGUGAGGCUAUAUAUGCAGCUCGGUUCCUCGACCUCCUCGAAGAGGGUGAUGCGAGUGUCCGGGACUCCGGCGUAGAGAUACCCGCUGAUAUUGCUGCUGAGAUCCGGUCCGACAGCAAAGAUGCAUUAGAAGGCAUGAAGGCCAUGUCCAUGAUCAAGGACACGAUCGGCGACCUGUUCCCUGAGCGCGGGGUCGUGCGUGCGGAACAGUACAAACACGCAAAAAACGCCCUCGCCCAGUGCAAGGAGCAGAUCGUCGACAUGUAUGCCCGCAGCGACGCUGACCGCGCGGCGUGGGAUGCGUCGUGGCCGUUUGACGAUGAAUGA